AUGCCUUCCCUUUUCCCACUAGUGCUGGAGGGAGACAACUGCGUGUUUGACGGGAUGAUUUAUCGCAACGGGGAGACGUUCCAACCCAGCUGCAAGUACCAGUGCACCUGCCGCGACGGACAGAUCGGCUGCCUGCCCCGCUGCAACCUGGACCUGCUGCUCCCCGGCCCCGACUGCCCCUUUCCCAGAAAAAUCGAAGUCCCUGGAGAGUGCUGUGAGAAGUGGAUCUGCGACCCCGAUGAUGAAGUGAUUUUGGGAGGUUUUGCUAUGGCUGCCUACAGACAAGAGGCCACACUUGGGAUUGAUGUGUCGGAUUCAAGUGCCAAUUGUAUUGAGCAGACAACAGAAUGGAGUGCUUGCUCCAAAAGCUGUGGAAUGGGCUUUUCCACUCGUGUUACAAACAGAAAUCAACGGUGUGAGAUGGUGAAGCAGACGCGGCUCUGCAUGAUAAGACCUUGUGAAAAUGAUGAGUCAUCUGAUAAGAAAGGGAAGAAAUGUGUCCGAACAAAGAAGUCUGUGAAAGCUGUUCACUUUGAGUACAACAACUGCACGAGUGUGCAGACAUACAAACCACGUUACUGUGGCCUCUGCAGUGAUGGGCGAUGCUGUACCCCACACAACACCAAAACCAUUCAGGUGGAGUUCCGCUGUCCUCAGGGCAAAGUCCUAAAAAAGCCAAUGAUGUUGAUCAACACCUGCGUCUGUCAUAACAACUGUCCUUUGAGUAACAUUGUUUUCUUCCAACCAUCAGAUCUGUCAUCUAGCGAAGUAAAAAUAUGAAAAGUACGAAUUAGAUAGCAUAAAAGAUAUAAAUAGUUUAUACAAAACUUGACCCACAAUCAGGUGAAGGUAACAGUUGCGUAUAUAAAAUAACUAAAAUGUUUUUUCAAAACGGUCUUUCAAACUAGGUGCUUUCUUUUUUCCUGUAGUUUAUUAAAUACCUCAUUUUACGUUUCCCCCCUCCAAAUGUCUUUUAUUCACUUGAAGGAAAUUUUGUACCCUGGACAGAGCCUUCUUUUUUUCUCGAUGGUGACAGAAAGGUCACAAAGGAGACAGCUAGACUUUCUCCUGGGUUAAGGGGAUCAUGCCACAAGUUUCAGUAGCUGUAGGACUGGGCUCUUUAAGAGUCAAUGUAUCACAGAAUCUUCCAGAUUCUCAAUUUCAUUCUGCAUCAUGCAUAUAAACUUAAGCAAUGUUCUUUUCCUUUUUAAUGAAACUCUGUUUUUUGAUGACAGUAAAAAUCUUACUGAUGGAAGUGUUGCAUUCUUGUGACUUAUAAAAUACCUUCUGUCAAUACCUCUGACUUUCUCUGAGGAUUAAAUUUGCACGUAGCCUCUGAAAUGACAUAGCUAAGGUCCCUUAUCCUGAAGCGCAGGUUGAUAGCUAACAGCAGUUAAAUUUCUCUUUGAUAACUUCACUAGCACUCUAAUCCAAAACCGACUAAAGUCAGUGUCUUAUAAGUAUUUGAUUCUAAUUAAUAUGUGUCUGUAGAUAUAACUAUUUGGAUGCAAAAAUAAUAUAUCUGUAAAUUCCUCUAAAAUACUAACUGUAUUAUAUGGUGCUUCAUUUCUUAGAAAGGUGUGUAUGUAAAUAGAAACUGUAUAUAUUGUAAUAUAACUUUACUAAGUAAAUAAACUCUGUGAUUAAAAAUA